UCUACAUCAACUUUUAUUCGUCUUGUCCCAAUACAAAUUCGAUAUCAUACACGAUUGAGGGGCCGCGCACCGCGGAUCUGUCAAGCAUCAAGGCACUUCCGGCCAUCUCUGCGUCUUGAGCACGAGGUUCAAGGGAAGGUGAGAGGUGAUCGGACCGCGAUGCAACAACCUGGAGACUCGUGCCUACGCAGUUCGGUCCGGCACUGCGGCUGGUCGAGUCUUUCUUGACGAAACCCUGGAAGUUGAGCGACCAUGGCACCACCACAAGGACAGACUGCCUACAAAAAGCAGCCCGGAACUUUGGCCAUAUCCAAAGACCGUAAAUCGGUGUCAUGGACUCCUGCACAGCCACCAGAUGCUGCGCCCAACCUAGUCUUGUCGGCUGCUAAUAUCACCAAUCUGCAACAAACGCCCGAGUCGAGUGCUAAGGUGAUGCUAAAAAUAUUCGCUCAAGCUCCAGGACAGACAGAGGCAGUUGCCCAUGUCUUCACCUUCACGUCCAAAGAUGAUCCAAGAAAUGAAGCGAAUGCUAUCAAGGACGCUUUGGCGAACGUCAUUCAAGCACAGAAAGCAGCCCAGAACGCUGCUGCUGCGGUAUCUUCGGGAGGCCAGUCGGCCGCAAUGACUAUUGCAAAUGCGAUUGCUGGUGGGGGACGUGCCGGAAAUCUCUGGGAAGACGACGAAAGACUGUUGUCCGAUGUCAACCUGCAGCAAUCACUCCUGAGAGAAGAUCCGGACUUGCAAAAGACGUUUCACGAAGCUAGGAGUUUAAAGCCAGAAUCGAUCUCAAAUACACAGUUCACCGCGCAGUUCUGGUCAUCCCGUGUCAACCUUCUGCGAGCCCAUGCAUUAGCUCAAAACCAAGGAAAAGGCAAGUACAAUGUCUUUUCUGAAGUACGCCGGGAGGAUGGCGGCCGGUUGCUCAACUUGACCAACGAGCAGAUACGGGCGAUCUUCGAACAAUAUCCGGUAGUGAGAUUGAUCCACGACGAAUUGGUUCCACAUGGUAAGGAAGUCGAUCCUAAGAAAGUCAGGGACGAUGUCGACUUCUGGUCGCGCUUCUUCCAAAGCCAAUUGUAUAUGAAACUUCGUGGACUCAAAAUCGAUCCGACGAGAGAUGCCAGAGACAAAUUCCUCGACGUCGAGGAGUACCUUAAUCACCCCGACGUGACCGGUCUCCGCAUAACAUCAACUGAGAUGCACAUUCCCAAGUUUAUCGAUCUGGAAGGCAACGAAGAAAAUCACAGUCAACGCAAGGGCAACCGUCCGGAUAACGAGCUACGCGCAACAGCACUUGACAAGGCACCCAUUAUUCGCAAACUCAAUGCACUCAGUGAGAAAAUCAUGGCUACCGUGCGGCCAUCAGAUGUCGAUUCCUCUGCACCGAUUGGCAUGACGGAGGCUACAUAUGAGCAGCUACGCUUGCGUGAUCUGGCUGGGGAUCCAGAGCAGGAACGCAUCAUACUGAACAUUCGUGACCAAAGUCGCUUCUUCUCUGAUAACAGCUCAGGACAAGAUGGAACGAACGGCAUCGAUUCCAACCCGUUCCGCAAACUCGACCCCGCUCGAGCCAUCGAAGAUAUCAAUGACGAUCUUUCGAAACACUUUUCCCAGCCUGACAACGGUGUGAUUCCCAUAGACCAGUAUGAAGAUGAGGACAUGGAGAUGGACGACGAAUCAUCACAAGCACAGACAGGCUCAUCUCUUGCUACAAAUCACAUCUUGUCGCUCAUCCAGGCACAUCGAGAUCAGACAUCUGAAAUCCCACAAGCUUCUGGUCUCAGCACGGCCAUAUACGACCGGCUUACGAUAACGCAAGCGACUACGAAUGAAUUCCUCCGGCAGUUUUGGAAUGCGUUCCUGUCAGGUGAUUCGGCGCGAGCAAAUGAGAUUGCUUCGCUGGUGGAAAGUCUCAACAAGGCUUUCGACAGGAUCAAUUUGAUCGCCGACGACGCUGAGGCGGAGAGGCAGGAGCAUAUCCGGUCCCAGGAGCACGCUGUUGAAGAGCGCUUCAGGAGAACGGGACGGCGGCAUCGGGUCGAUUACGACGCUAUCAAGGGUGGUGGCGCUGUGGUGAAGCAGUUGCUUGGUCCUGUCAUUACGAGUUUGGGGACUGCUGUCCAGAGAUAUAAGCAGGCUUUCGAGGAGCAGACUAAGGGUGGAUGAACAGACGCAUCUUUUCAACCCUCGAUUUGGGAGCACAAACGACCGCUCGAUCCGUUGUCAGCAUGGGAAUGGCCUGUCUGAGCAAAAUUGCCAACCGCUAUAUUCGACACUUCCACUAGCGCCAUCCCAAGGAGCCGACGACGUGCACAUCGAUGCAUACGAGAUGGUGGACGGUGCUCCCCGUAUCAUUGACACAGAAGACAAGAAGGC